GAAUAUACUCUCUUCUUCCUCCGCUGCUGCAGCCUGACUCUGACACAACCGGCAUGUCUGCAAACUGAGAGCCGCACAGGAAAACACACAACCCCCCCUUUAAGACGCACAACUUGUGUUUUCUUUCUCCCCGCUGAAGCAGAAAAGGAGGCUGGUUAUAACACUGCGAAGAGGCUUUUCUUUUUGGAGGGAAAAAUACUUGGAUAAGGCUCAAAACAAGGUCUGUCCCCGAUUACGUGACCACUGAAGGAAGAGAACACAGAACUGCUUCAUCAUGAAUUUUGUAAUGAAAGCUGCGAUGGGAGGAGGUCCUCCUGAUGUGGGUAAGAUGCUGGGUGGGGAGGAGAAGGAGGAGGACCCUGACGCAGACAAGAAAGAGGAGGAGCGACAGGAGGCGCUGAGGCAACAGGAGGAGGAGAGGAAGGCCAAAUAUGCCAAGAUGGAGGCUGAGAGGGAAAGCAUGAGGCAAGGCAUCCGGGAUAAGUAUGGCUUGAAAAAGCGUGAGGAGGCCGAGGCUGAGGCUGCAGCUGCUGUGGAGGAGGCUGCAGAGGGCAGCUUGACUCGACCCAAGAAGCUGGUGCCGGCCGGCUGCGGUGACGAGGAGGAAGAGGAAAGCAUCAUGGACACAGUGAUGAAAUACCUGCCAGGCCCGCUGCAAGACAUGCUGAAGAAGUAGGCUAACUCGCUAGCUAAUGCUAACGUUAUCUAGCUUAGUUCAUAGACUACAUUCACAAGGUUGGCUUAAAUCAGUUUUUUUUUUCCAUCCACGACACGUGGACAUUGCAAGUACAUCAAAUGAAGAUUAAUCUGGCGUGGUGUUUUGUUGUUUGGACAAAUCUAAGUUUCAUGGUGGGGAAAUGAAUCAGAUGUGAACCAGCAGUGUGGAUUGCAGCCUUUAGACUAAGCUAGGCUGACCCAACGAACAGGUGGAUGUUAGCUUGACUGACGUUAACGUUAGCUAUGUUACACUAAUGGAGCUAACAGUAAGCAGAGGGGCUCAAAAACACAAUGUUAGAUGGUUUAUCCUUCUAGUCUAUGACGUUUUAAACUCCCUUUUAUCUCCUCUGCAGAGCUCUCACAGCACUGACAAAUAAUAUAAAAAUAAUAAUAAAUAAUAACCCUGUUCACUGAAUUUGUACAUAAAUAAAUUAAUACAUGACGAGCCUCAAUGUGGGCAAACAAUCAUAAAAUAUUAUAUGAAAGUAGUAUACUAACUGUGUGUCUGUCUCUAAAAUAAAUAAAAAAAUUACGUGAUAACUUGAUAAGCCAUAUUUUAAAAAGGAAAUUUAAAGACUACUGUUGUGUGCUCCUAAAGCUACUGUUUUGUGUUCGACCAUGUCUGAAACUUAUGUAAAACCUUUUGCACACAGUGUUACACAUUCUCUGCCAGACCUAUUGUCUGUCUCCCCUACACAUAAGUGUAAUAACAUUCAUCUAGUGUAGUGUUUAAAAGGUUUCUAAACCCCUUGUUCAGUGCGUCUCCUUCUUAUGUCUUGCAUGCCAUUUGUCUAGACAUGUUUGUUGUGUGAAUAUGUACAACCCACCCCUUUUAUCCUCUUCUGUAUCAUGCAAAAAAUAUUAAGGCAAUAACUCCUAAGUUUUGAGUGUGUUUUCACUACCAUGUCGAUAUAACCGUUAAUAAUCUCAGUAAUGAAAAAAAUAUGUAUGCAUUCAGGAAAUUUCAUUUACAGGUUUGCAGGGUUUUCUUUUUUGUAGUCUCAUUGUUUCGAUGAGGAAUGACCGUGUAAACGUACAACAGCCAAAACCUUAAGCUUUCAGCCAUAAAACCAGAACUUACAGAAUAUAUACUAUUACUAUCAGGAACUACUACUAGGGAGAGAAUUCUGAAUGAAUAUGUAUUUAAAAAGAAGAAAUGUGUAUUUAUAAUAAGUAGUGUAAACUUGGAAGUGGACUACAAGUCUGAAUGUUGCAUCAUGUGAAGAUUUGCAGGAAAGAGAUCGAUCUUCCUCAACACACACACAUACACACAACUGAUGGCUAUUGAUUUAGUUGCACAGCAAAAACCAGACCUAAAGUGAUGCUUGAUUCAGUUCUACUUAUUGUUGGUUUAGAUGUGAGGAUGAGCCACAGUGGAAUGCAAGUGAGCAAUAAAGGAUUAUCAUGUAUGUUUCUGCCUGAGAUUAAAUAAAAACUUAAAACCUUGUUCACAGACAUUAAAAAA